AUGCAGGGUUGCAUGAACCGAAAAGAUAAUGAACGACAAGAUUUUGCCGAGAACCUUGCUAGAAAGUUUCAAGCUAAGGAGGAUGCCUUGGGCAAUGCUGAAAGUGCUCAACCUCGACCAGUUCAAGGGGAGUCUAGCAGAAGAAACGACGGCGUAGCAACCGGGACAAGAUCCAGGCGGGCCCUGUGUUCUGAUGACAAUCCUAGGCCAACCAAGAGAGGCGGUGGUCGAAGUGAUUCUGAGCGCGGUGGUAGAAAUGGUGGCGGCCGGAGUAGGUUGUCCAAUGUUGAUCAAGGUGGUCGUGGCAGUGUUGCUGAGCGUGGAGGAAGAUCAAAUGCAGGAGGUCGUGGAGGUCGCGGCUAUUCUCAUUUCAUGAACAAGCUUCACGAGCAAGAAAUGACUUUUCGAAUACUGGUUCUUUUGAAUGGUUGGUGUAAGUGA